UGAUUGGACACUUCAUUGAAAACACUUGCCAAAAAUGAAUAAAAAUAACGGAGACGGGCAGAUCCCAAUCAGUCAUGCUAAAAAUGGUUGCCUGUGCUCACCUCAUUUUGAUAGUAAUGCUUUUGGAAUGUCAAACGCCAAAUGGUCAGUCGAUUUCCCAAGAGCAACAAAUUGAAACUUAUCGCAAUGAAACGGCUCCAGGGUUAGUAGUGCAUAUAAUUUCUACAACAGCAACGACUUGCUACUGCCGAAUCCCUGUGUCGAACUCAACAUCUUUGUCUUCCUCAAUAACCAUAUCGGAUUCGACAUUACCAAUGACUUUGACAUCUGAUGAUUCAAGUUCGACAACCACAUCUACAUCCUCAACCACUGUCUCUGCAAAUUCCAAAAAGCCAACAUCUACUUCAUCACCAACUUCAUCAAUAUCAGGUUCAACAACUCCAGGAUCAUCUAUGACCUCAGGAUCCACAUUGCCAACUUCAAGCACCUCUUUGAUCAACACAUCACCAGGUUCAACUUCUGCUGAAGCUUCAACAAUUUCCAGUUCCUCUUCUUCUGCAAGUUCCACUUCCCCUGGUUCUUCUUUGUCAUCAAGCUCCGUAACGACUGGCUCCUCUGUCUCUACAACAUCUGCAACAGAUACCUCAACAUCAAUUGCAUCAACAAUAACUUCAGCUUCUGUUUCAUCUUCAAGUUCAACAACGGCAGGUUCUUCGUUGGCCUCGAGCUCCAUAUCGCCAACUUCAAGCACCUCUUUGAUCAACACAUCACCAGGUUCAACUUCUGCUGAAGUUUCAACAAUCUCCCAACGCCUGCUCCUCUGUCUCUACAAACACCUGCACAACAGAUACCUCAACAUCAAUGUCAUCAACAAUAACUUCAGGUUCUGUUUCAUCUUCAAGUUCAAACACGGCAGGUUCCUCGUUGGCUCGAGCUCCAUACCACCAACUUCAAGCACCUCUUGA